AUGGACACACGGUUCAUUGGCGCUGAGGAAGGCCCCUUUCUGGUAUUGAGCGACAGCACCCUCCAGCACCUGCUCUUCACCUCUGGGAGGGGGAAAUCCUACGGGGUGGAGCCCGUCAUGGGUGGCUACGCGAUCGUCAGCCCGGGAGCUACGUUAGUCGUACUGGAGGCGUCCAGCCAGUCCACUACGUCUUUUCCUGUCCAGCACCCAGGCUCGUACAAUUGGAUCGCCGGUGUUAGGGACGAUUACGGUCUCGGGUCGUUUGAGCUCCAGGAGCAGACCAUCAUGAGCCUCCAAGCCCGCCAAGAUGAAUGGCCUACGCCCCCGUACCUCGUCGACCAGCUCUACAAGCAGAACAACUGUCACUUCCGCCCUGAGGUUGCGGAGAAGGCUAUCGGCCUCCUUGUUGGUCGCGCGCUGAAGACCAUGAGACGACAACAGCCGGGCAAGUUCCAAGUCCUGGUGAUAUGCUCCUGGAACUCUACGGACGACAAAUGUUCACCAGGAGAUGCACGCCGCGGCGGAGCUUUGCCGGGCUACCAUAGUCUCGGAGUUGGGGUCAUUGGCCGCCAGGGCUUCCGCCGCCAGUUCUUCAAUGACGGUGACCUGGAAAACGUGGUACGCAACCACGCUGGGUCCAUUGGGCUGAACUUGAUUCAGCGCUUGACGCAGCCCCAGCACUACAACCAGGGCGGCUUUUACAUGGACAUCAAGCUCUGCUUCACUGUCACCUUUGACCAACUGCGUGCGUACGUGGCCGCAGACUGGCAAGCGGAGCAACAGGAUGAGUGCAGGAAGUUUGGCCUGCCGGAGUCUCCGCCAUUCCAGCCCCCAUCGGAGUACCUUCUGAUGGGCAUCGGCCAGCGAGGGGAUCACAUCUUCCAGGGCAUCAUCUACGGACAGCCCAAGCAUCCCCUGCUCCUCCAGGCCAUCAAGCACUCCUUUUCGCGCCGCAUCUUGUCUUGC